AUUUUUUGGGCAUCCGUUGGCAAUAUUUUAUCCUAUGCUUGAGUGACACAUGUCUAGUCGUGAGGCCCAAAUUGUUCAUAGUUAUAUAGAGCUGAAGCUCGCUCGUUGGGCUGGAAUUCUUCAUCACCGCCGCUAUCGAUAAAAUAUACAGCAGCUUCUUCUGACGAUCCCGGACAAGAAUUCUGGAUAUUUGGAUAUUCUCUUCGAUGAGAGCAGCACAAAAUGAUUGACGCCAUUCUAUCAUUACCGGUGCUUUCGGUCUUCCUCAUUCCGACUCUCUCAUCCUAUAGCACGAGUCUCAAUCUGGUCUUCUUUUACAUGACCUGGAGCACCCUCGUGCUGUCACAUCCACCUCUUCGCGUCGAAUUAUUCGGAACCAUAAUCGUGCGCUUAAUAUUUUAUGUCAUUCCGUCACUAUUAUUCUUCCUGUUUGACAUCCUGACCCCAUCGGCGGCCGUGGUGGUGAAGGCGCAGGGCGAAGCUGGUCUUCCGAGUGGCAGCAAGCGGGGCAAGAUCCGGUGGAAGGAGAUCAAGGUUGCGGGAUGGGCUAUUGUCAAUUUGGCGCUAGGGAUUGCUCUGCAGGGAGUGAUUGAGUUGAUCCGGACGAAGCUAUUCGUAUUGCCAAGCUCGCUGAAGGUGUCGAUGAAGUUACCCAUGCCUGGGGAGAUGCUGAAGGAUAUGGCUUGUGCGACAUUGGGGAGGGAGGUACUGGCAUACAUUAUCCACCGCUACGUCCUCCAUCACGGAAACAAUUUCGCUACCCAACAACACCAAUCCUGGUACCAUUCGCUCCACACCCCCUUCCCUCUCACAGCACACUACGACCACCCACUCAUAUACCUCCUCCUCAACUUCAUCCCGACCUACCUACCAGCCAUGCUACUCCGCUUCCACAUGCUCACCUACGUCGCCUACUUAACCAUCGUCUCCAUCGAAGAAACAUUCGCCUUCUCCGGCUACACAGUCAUGCCGACGAGUUUCUUCCUCGGCGGCAUCGCCCGCAGAACAGACAUUCACCUUCUCAGCGGUGCGGAGGGGAAUUUCGGACCUUGGGGUAUCGUGGAUUGGAUCUGCGGGACGAGUGUGGGGGAUAGUAUUGUGGAUGAUAUGGAGGCGGAGGUGGAGGAGCAUGAGAUUGAUGAGAGUAUUCGGAGGGCGAUUGAGGCGUCGAAGAGAAGGAUUAGGGAGGUUGAUCAGAAGCGGAGGAGGAAGGUUAGGGAGAGUUUUCGUCGGUAGAUAGAUAUUUAGAGUGUGGGGGAUGUGUACAAAGGUUG